AUGUCACCCCCUGAUCGAUCGGUGAGGUAGUGGGAGAAGUGACUUAAAUACGGAUGGGCUCGUUCAAUUGGCUAUCACUGCUAAGUCAAUCGAUUAUUCGCAAAUAUCGCUCCUUGCAAGCCCAAAAUGUUCGCCAAAUUGGUUUUCGCCACUUGCCUGGCCGUUGCUGUUGCCAAACCAGAGCCUGGACUUCUCGGAGCAGCCCCUCUCGCUUACAGCGCUCCUCUAGCAUUCAACGCACCAUUAGCAUACAGCGCGCCUCUGGCCUACAGUGCUCCAUUUUUCCAACAGGGACUCCUUAGCACCGCCUACUCCCAAACUGUUGGACGAAGCUAUUUCCCCAGCCUACUGCCUCCAGUCAAUCCGAUCACCUAUGCCGCUCCUGUGCCCGCUGCUGCUCCCCUUAAUCCAAUCGCUCCAGCUCUGCCACCACUGACCUACGCCGCUGCGAAUCCUUUCUUUGCUCCAGCUGCCCCAGCUUUCCUUCCUGCCGUGACGCCAGCUAUUGCCCAAACCCCAGUUGUAGCACCAGCGGUUGCCGUUGCCAGAACACCAAUCGCAACUCCAGUUGCUAACCCGGUUGCAACUCCCGUUGCCGAUGCCCCUGUCCCAGUGCCCAAUGCAGCUCCAGCCCCUGCCGCCCCGGUCGCUUCGGUAGCAACGGCUGCUCGUUUGACUGCUGCUGCUGCCGCUGCUCCAGUUCCGUUCACUACCUAUGGAGCGCCAGCGGCUGCAGCCCCUGCUAGGGCGUAAUCCAAUUUGAUGUGAUAUUUUAGAGCAAUUUGUGCAAUUAAUUGUUUGCUAGUGACAGUAGCUUGUAAGUUUUUUUUGUUUUAAUUUGCAUUAAAUAGUUAAUUUUUGUUUUUCAUAAAACGUUCA